UCACAACAUACGUCGUGUGGCAAACGUCAAAGAUAAGUUUACCCACUGUUUCAUAAAAUCAUCCAUCAUCAAACAAAAUACAAAUUGUUUUUAAUUUAGUGCCAAUUAAAUGCUAAAAUGAAUCGUACUGAAGGAUUGGUACAACGUAGAAACGUUGUAAAGGAUAAUAAUUCGGAUGGAAAUAGAGAAAAUCAUGAUGUGGACGAUAAGAAAAACGAUAAAAAUUAUGAUGACGGCGAUUCAAAGGAAACUCGAUUAACAUUGAUGGAAGAGGUACUAUUACUAGGAUUAAAAGAUAAAGAAGGUUACACAUCAUUUUGGAACGACUGUAUUUCGUCUGGUCUUAGAGGAUGCAUUCUAAUCGAAUUGGGCUUAAGAGGUCGUGUAGAACUGGAAAAAGCAGGAAUGAGAAGAAAGGGAUUGUUAUCUAGAAAAGUUAUUGUUAAAUCAGAUAAUCCAACUGGAGAUGUGCUACUAGAUGAAGCUUUGAAACACAUGAAAGAUACUGACCCUCCCGAGACGGUGCAGAGUUGGAUAGAAUAUCUUAGUGGAGAGACGUGGAAUCCAAUGAAAUUGAAAUAUCAAUUGAAGAAUGUGCGAGAGAGAUUGGCUAAAAAUCUUGUUGAGAAGGGUGUGCUAACAACAGAAAAACAGAACUUCCUAUUGUUUGAUAUGACAACUCAUCCUCUUACUGAUAAUGUUGUUAAAUGUCGCUUAGUCAAAAAGGUGCAAGAAGCGGCUCUUCGGCGGUCCAUCGUGGACGUGGCGCAUGCGGACAAGCGGUCCCUGGCGCUGUUAAUGCUGGCGCACUCGGCCGACGUGCUCGAGAACGCUUUCGCGCCGCUGUCCGACGAGGACUACGAGCUGGCCACGCGACGAGUGCGCUCCCUACUCGACCUCGACUUCGAAGCGGAGGCCAUGCGGCCCGAUGCCUGCGAGAUCAUGUGGGCCGUGUUCGCGGCUUUCACCAAAUAGCAUCAGAUCUCCGUCUAAGCCGCGAGUGAAAUUUUUAAAUUUAGAAUUCUAUUCUAUUUUUAAAAAUGAAUUACGCGA